AGGAAGCCCAAUUGCAUGCUCAACAAGAAGAAGCAGCACGACUUGAAAAGGAGAGAAUUGAACAAGAGCUGACGGAAAAACUUGAGGCAAAAUAUCAUGAGCGAAAGGAUUCUGAACUAGCAGAACUUCAUUCACUGGAACAGAAGUUUUUGUCUGCACAACAGUGGAAAACAGAUUAUAGAGCAUAUACAAAGUGGGAGCAUUACCUCGGUUGCGAUGGAAGUCCUGACCCAGCUGUACUGCCGGAAAUAAAUACUUUCAUGAGCUUAUGGCGUGAAGAUCAAAAUGAGGACAUACAACUUGUGAUGGAGAAGGGAGAACAGGUGCUAAAUUUAAUUGAGAAGUUGCAGUUUCUUUUAUUGGACACACCACCAAGUGAGAUAACAGAAAAAGAAACAGUCCAGUACCAGGAAUCUAUUCUGGAAUUGCAGAAUUUACUUCAUCAGAAGUACAACGGAGCAACAGAACACCUGCUGAAAACAGCUAAUAUGCAUGAAAGUCGAAACAUGCAGGCAGUCACAAAGGGUAAAAAUGUUACUUUCUGUAUUUGGGCCAAUCUGAAGAAGAAUGUAAGGUUUAAAAAUCACGUGUUUUUUGAUGCAGAGCAUGGAUUUGAUCUUCCACAGUCAAUGGCUAUGAGCAACAUUGCCGUUCGCAUAUUGCAUACUCAUUAUGAUCAUGUAUCUCCACUUUGGCUGCAGUGCCAGAGUGUGCCGAAAUUGGAAGUCUUAGAUGGUGAAGAGUUAACGCAACAUUCAAAAAACAGUGUAGAAGAACCAGAAGAAGAGGAAGUGAAAGUGAGAGAAGAGCCCAGUUUGCCUGCUGAAGCAUGUUCUGAUGGAAGGAAAAGUGCUAUCCCAUUCAAAGAAAACAGCAAUAGCAUGGCUGCUAAAAAUGAGACAGAGGAGGAAAUUGAGAAGAAAUCAGAAAUUUUGCACAUACAGUCACAAG